UGGUCGUGUAUCGGCUGAUUUUUGGUCAUAUUUUCAUACUUAUCUGCACGAAAAUGCCAAGGUCCAAGAAGAGGAGUUCUAGGGGUAAGCAAGUCGCUACAGACCGGUUGUUUUGGCCUACUCUCGUCGUUUGAGUUUUAUGCGUUGUAGGAGUUGUAGUUCUAUGCAUUCUUACAGCGUGUUGAGAUCAUAGACAAGUAAUGUCUGAGAGGACUACAAAACAGUGUGGCAUCAUUAAAUAUGUUUAUCGUUGACAUCAGGCCAAGAUCUUUCAGACAAAGAACUCUCGCUAUCUGACAAAGAACUCUCAAUAUCAUAUUGUUUGCCGACAUUAUUGUAUGAGUAUUGUGAUUUAUAGAAAUGACAUCCGACACAGUAUUUUUAAAUUGACGUUUGAAACGAAUUUGUUACCUAGCAACUAACGUCAGCUGGCCAGUGUUGCUCAUAUUUGUUAGUUUUUAGCGAGUUCACUUUGGCUCCCUUCCUGUAAAAGGAUGGGUGUUUGAGUACACGAAGUUUAGUUGGAAGGACGCCACAACAUUUGAGUGAGGUCGACAGCCGAUGAAGUCAAAUACUGGGCGGAUUCGAUUAUGCUGAGCCGCGGGGAAUCGGUCUAUGGCCAGUGACGUCAACGGGCAAAAACGGUGAGGGAGAAGCGCCUAUCUAAAAUGGAACAGUUAUCUGCGCCGCUCGGUCAUGUUGUGCAUCGGGCAGCAUGGUGCAUCGUCCAGAAACGUACAACAUCGCUUUUCCAUAAAAUACGUUUGAAUUUUUUAACUGGUUUUCAUUGGGCAGGCAGACAUUGCGUUUUUAACAAAAGAAAACACGUUUGCAUGUGAGAACACCGAAUCCUACUCAUUACUGCACUUGCUUGAUUACGUAACUUUAGUUUUGAGCCGUCUUCGCCGUGGAGUUUGAACGGGACACCUGGCUCACGCCCGGGAGGCAGCCCGGUUCCAAAACUAAUGCAAUCAACGUUCACCCGGUGUAAAACACGCCUGACCGGGACAGAUUAAUCGAAUCCCCUCAUGGUUAUAUAACACGCUGGACUAGCUACCUAGAUAGCCAUGCUAGCUAGCUAACCAGUUAUUCACAUUACAGCAAGCUAGCUACAUAACUUGCACACGUUAUAGUGCCAGCUAUGCUAUAAAGCAGGAUCGUGGUAGGCGACUAGCUACUUGGGUGGCGUCUGCCGCUUUUUCAGAAUCAGUUGUUCAGUGCUGUGGUCUGAGAAGGAAGCAAUGGAUUGCCACGUGAACAUGGUCACAUUUACACACUGCAGAGCAGACAGUGUGGCCCUCCCUCUCAGAUAAGACUGUUCCUAUCAUAAUAAGCUGCACCAGCUGGGUUUAGAUGCUGUCACUGCCUGGCCAGCUACCUACCCAAGGAGCUGUGCUGUUUGCACAGUCGGCAGAAGACUAGGGAGCCAUUGACGGAAGGGAGAGAAGAUCAAGUGCAUGUCCCAUAAUAGUAGCUAUCUGGCUUUUUGUUCUGUCAAACACAAGCACAUGUCAAAUAAUUGCAUUUAACGUUCUGCAGUGUGCUUGCAUGGAAGUGUACUAGUUAAACCCCCAGAGUAAAAUGCACAUAUUGUACCAUUACUUAAUGUAUGAUUUUUUUUGGUGGGGAUAUCAUGUAAUUGUGUUUCAGGGGGGCAGCAUGGAGCUGUGCAACCUUUCAGCGAUGAGGAUGCCUCCAUCGAGACCCUCAGCCACUGCAGCAGCUUCAGUGACGCCAUGAGUGUGGCAGACGAAGGUGUGUGAUUGUGUGUGUACACAUGCUUGCCUGUGUGUCCCAGUCAUAAAGCAACAAAGGGCAAGUCAACAAAAAUAAGUAAAGUACUGUAACAAUUCAGUUGUGAUAAAUACCAUACAGCCUUUUACGUUAUGCUUUUGUCUUAAAUGGUUCAAAGAAUACGAUCUACAAAUGGAAUAGCCUAGUACAAGUCUGUAUUUCUCAUGGUGUAUUGUAUUCGUCUUCCUAUGUGUAGGGGGGGAGGCAGGCGAGGAGGCAGCCCAGGAGGAUUUCCAGUACAAGCUGAAGGUUUUCAUUGACAGCACCGUGGAUAAGAGGCAAGUCUAAACCACUGUGGGGAAACUGAUCUACCUGCUAUUUCUCUGUUAGCUGUAUUGCUUUCAGAAGACAUGGAACCAGAUCACAUCAUAGGCCUAGAACUGGGUCGAUGGAACCUGAGAUGUUAAAUCUGUUAUAUAACGAACACAAUGCAACAAGACGUCAUCCUUUCCGUUCACAGAUCGCUGCUGAUAAUUGAAUUGAAUCGUGAAGCUGUUACAUAAGCUACUGCAGACACUAGGCCUAAAUCUUUAUUGUUAUCUUACCUCGUUGACAGUGCCAAGACCAGACAAGGAGCCCUGGAUGGGCUGAAGGCUGCCAUGGCAACCAGGAUCCUGUACGAGUUUAUUUCGGACAGGAGGAUGACCAUCACCGACAGCAUUGAGCGCUGUCUCAAGAAAGGUGAGCUACUACCACUACUACAGGCUUUGUCUUUCACCAAUUCAUGCUUCAUAUUCACCGAAUACCAAUACAGACCCACAUUGUAUUAUUUAUGUGUUUGAAUCUAGAGUUCUGGUUCAGCAGUUACUGUAAUCCCUCUCUCAAAGCUACUGAGGAUGGUAGGAGUGGCUAUAGAGUCAGCUAUCUGUCAUGUCUUUAAUCUGAGCCUAGAGGAAAGUCUUUGUCCUCAGGUCUGGAGAGAAGCCAAAGUCAGUACGCUACCCAAGAGUGGUAAAGCAGACCUAUCAGCUUGCUGCCAGCGCUUAGCAAACUGUUGAAAAUAAAUUGUUUGACCAAAUACAAUGCUACUUCUCUGUAAACAAAUUAACAAGACUAUCAGCCUGCUUAUAGAGAAGGGCAUUCAACAUGUACUGCACUGACACAAAUGACUGAUUGGUUGAAAUAAAUGUAUAUUAAGAAGAUUGUGGGAGCUGUACUGUUAGAUUUCAGUGCAGCCUUUGAUGUUAUUGACCAUAACCUGUUGAGAACUUGUGUAAUUGCUUUUCAGCCUCUGCCAUAUCGUCGCUUGAGAGCUAUCCAUCUAAUAGAACUGAGGGUUUUCUUUAAUGGAAGCGUCUCUAAUGUCCAACAUGUCAAGUGUGGUGUACCGCAGGGCAGCUCUCAAGGCCCUCCACUCUUUUCUAUUUUUACCAAUGACCUGCCACUGGCUUUAAACAAAGCAUGUGUCCAUUUGUGCUGAUGAUUCAACCAUAUACGCAUCAGCAACCACAGCUAAUGAAGUCACUGAAACCCUUAACAAAGAAUUGCAGUCUGUUUUGGAAUGGGUGGCCAGUAAUAAACUGGUCCUGAACAUCUCUAAAACUGAGCAUUAUAUUUGGUACAAAUCAUUCCCUAAGUUCUAGACCUCAGCUGAAUCUGGUAAUGAAUGGUGUGGCUGUUGAACAAGUUGAGGAGACUAAAUUACUUGGCGUUACCUUAGAUUGUAAACUGUCAUGGUCAAAACGUAUAGAUUCAAUGGUUGUAAAGAUGGGGAGAGGUAUGUCUGUAAUAAAGAGAUGCUCUGCUUUUUAGACACCACACUCCACAAAGCAAGUCCUGCAGGCUGUAGUUUUAUCUUAUCUUGAUUAUUGUCCAUUCAUGUGGUCAAGUGCUGCAAAGAAAGACCUAGUUAAGCUGCAGCUGGUCCAGAACCGGGCAUCACGUCUUGCUCUUCAUUGUAAUCAGAGGGCUAAAAUUAAUACUAUGCAUGCCAGUCUCUCUUGGCUACGAGUUGAGGAAAGACUGACUGCGUCACUUGUUUUUAUAAGAAACAUUCAUGUUGGAACUCCCUUCCAUCUUAUAUAGCGCAAGUCAACAGCAAACCUGGUUUAAAAAAAAAAAAAAUAACACAAUGCCUCUCCCCCAUGUGACCUACUUGUUGUGUGUAUGUACUGGCGUAUGUGUAACUGAUAGAUGCGCACACACGCUACAUGUUAAUGUGUGUAAAUUGUAAAGUAUUUUGUCUGUAAUGUAUUUUUUGUUAUACGUCAGACCCCAGAAAGACUAGCUGUUGCUAAUGGGCAUCCUAAUAAAUCAAAUCCCUCUAUCUCAGGUAAAGGACAGGAGCAGCGUGCGGCAGCCUCCCUGGCCUGUCUGCUGUGUAUUCAGCUGGGCUCAGGCAUCGAGAGCGAGGAGGUGUUCAAGACUCUCAAACCCAUCUUCAAGAACAUUCUUCUGGAUGGAACAGCCAACAUCCAAGCCAGACAAGCUGUGAGUAUCUGCCUGGACCCUGUCAUUAAAAUAAGGUUGGUUUGCUAUAAAUUGCCUUUUAUUGUUGUACUGAAAGCCUUUGUUAUUUCGUUAUAGUGUGCAACAAGUUUGGGCCUGUGCACUCUCGUGGUGGAAGAUGACAUCCUGGUAUGUGGCUAUGUUUGAUGUUCCAAUGUGAUGUUAUCUCUAUGCUUGAGUGUAUGUGGAAAUACUUUUGUCUUUUGUGCUGCUGAAGCAUUUGGCAUUCUGUGUAACAUUUAUUCUGUUCAGCAUUUGGAACAAGCUACGAAACCAAGACUACUCUCCAAAUGACUGCAUAGUCCAAUCUCACACCCUGGUUUAACAUAAAAGAUUAACCCCUUUCUCUCUGUUGGGUCUCCAGGAUGUGUAUGCCACCAUGGAGAGCUUUGAGAUUUUGUUCAUGCGUUCUUAUGUGAAGGAGGAUGGGAGUCGCCCCUCUCUCAACCCCCAGACCACCCUGCUCCACACCAAUGCCCUCCUCUCCUGGGCCCUGCUACUCACAAUCUGCACAGCCAGCCAGGUCAAAGCAGUCACACAUAAGUAUGUACUUAACGCGAACCUCUAAGUCUCUCUGGGACACAACUUUCAGUCCGUUUCAGCCUAUAGGUCCUUGGCUGCAUCUGAUCAAAACAAUAUGGUGAAUGUGCGUGCCUGAGAUGUCCUUACCUCUCCAGUUGUCGUACCAGUGUAAUGAAGGAAAUAUCAUGGUGACGGGAAGCCUUAAAUUGAAAGUCUACUUGUUUUUGUCUUUCAGGCACCUGCCCAAACUACCCCGGUUGUUGGAGAACGAUGACGUCAACAUGAGGAUAGCAGCGGGAGAGACCAUCGCUCUGCUGUUUGAGCUGGCUAGGGACAAGGACCCUGUAAGUGCUCACCUGUUCUUUGGUCUAUGUUUCAAUUCAGGAGAUUCAUUGAGAUUUCAUUUAGAAAGUGCUGUUCAAAGCUCGCAUUGGAUUUUCAAUCCCCUUGUACUAGGGAUGGGGGGUUGAAAUCUUCCUAUUCGAAUAGUAUCAUGAAUUUGUCAGAUAGCUGGACAUUCGAAAGAAUGUGUAUUUUUUUAAUGUACGUUUUUAACCUGAGCAUUGCUGCAGCUGCAGAGGUGCCGGUUAUAUAGGAGCGAGCAGACGGCGGCAGAGAGAGGGAAGCUACAGCCAAGACUAGCUAACUUGUAGCAGCCACAAUGUUAUUUAUCCCAUAUAACCGAGCCUGUUUUGUCUGGAGUAGCCUUGAAAAGCUAGCUAGCUAGGCUAAUUGAGGACACAUUUUGCGAUUUCUCCCCAACACCCAUUCAGAUGAAAUGGCCUACCUGUUAGUUGCUCGUUGUAGCCUAUUCCUUCUCAUUUCGGUAACUUUUUUUAAAUUCUGUAAAUUUAUUUAAUCUUUCAUUGCAUUAGUGAACUCUCACUACAUAUGCUAAACAUUGACACUCUUUGCUUGGCUAACAUAAACAACAAGCUACACAUGAAGGCCACAGUUAUUUUUAAAUAUUUGUUUUAUGGGGAGCACUGUUUUAUAAAAUGUAUAAUUUGUAAUGUCAUGCAUGGUAUAUCCUUGUAUGUAACAUGGAUAUUUCAAUUUAGAAAAAGCCUUUUCAGUUAAAAUAUGAGUAUAGUUUUUGCUCAAAAAUGAAUACUAACAUCUGUUUUGGAUUUUCGUAUAGCCGUACACAUCCCCAUCCUGUACUGAACUAAAAUUGAAUUUGACAGAAAUACAGUGCCAGCAUAGCAUGUUAAUCUGUAAACACUUCUUUAGUGAUGACUGACCAGUGCUCUGUUGUGAUGUUCUCAGGAGUUUGAGUAUGAUGACUGGGAGCCCCUGUGUGACAAGCUGAACUCUCUGGCCACCGACUGCAACAAACACCGUGCCAAGACUGACAAGAGGAAGCAGAGGUCGGUGUUCAGGGACGUGCUCAAGGCUGUGGAGGUGAGUGGGCAGAUUAUACAAUAGUAGAUGAGCACUGUCUGGGGAAUAGAAUUUAAAUGUAAUGUGAUGACUCAUUGCCGAUUCAUGGCGUGAGUUCUGUGCGCUUGUGUCGUCAGCUGGUUGCCAUUGCCAACCUAAUCUACCCCUCUAGUUAUCAAUGUUUACCCAUUUGUUUGUCUUGUGAGAAUCUAGAACAGUGUAGCCUUGCCUCAGCUGACCUGUGUGUGUGUUAGGAAGGGGACUUUCAGAUUGAGACAAUCCGCUUCAGCACUGAGCGUAUGACCAUCGACAGCUGGGUGAGGAAGAGGACUUACGACGCCUUCAGGGAGUUUGUGGGCUCUGGCAUGAACUACCACCUACAGGCUAAUGAGUUUAUCCGUGAUGUGUUUGAACUGGGACCACCCAUGCUGGUUGACGCGGCCACACUAAAGUCCAUGAAAAUCUCCCGCUUCGAAAGGGUAAGUAACCUUACUAGACUGCAUACUUUUCUUUCUUUGAUGGCUAAUUUAACUUUGAUGGCUAAUUUAACUAUUUUCAUUUAUCUGACUUUAUCUCCAGCCUUUAUAUUUAGCCUCGCAAUUAAGUGUUUUACCAUUUUAUUUUCAGGACAACCAGGUCUACAAGUACAUCACAAAACAAUUUGACAUAAACAGUUGCAUUCUGUCAAUUUUGUAGCUCAAACCAUUUGGACUCUACAGAUGUUUUUGUAAAAAGACCCAGCCCCUUCGGGAUCCGCCCAUGUCUCUAACACCGCUCUAGCGCACCCCACACACACCAAUGAAUGCUGAAGAAAUAGAUGAAUCCAAUGGUACAACCCAGCAGUCUAUAGCUGAAACGCACAAUAUUGAAAAGUGGCUAGAAGUCCAAAUCACACCUCCGUUGUGGUUGGACUCAUUGGGUUAAUUAUUUAUGUAUUUACAUUUCAAAUGUGUAAUUGGCGUGACAUUCACAUGGAUAUACUUCCAACGCAAAAAAUAACCUGUAUUUUAUUGUGUUAACACUGCGGUCUUCUUUUCCAGCAUCUCUACAACGCAGCUGCAUUCAAGGCUCGGACAAAGGCCAGGAACAAGUUCAGAGACAAGAGGAUUGACGUUGGGGAGUUUUGAUGUGAUUUAAUGGUCCAACCUGCUCUUUUAUAAACCAUCAAUUUAACCAUCUUGAAUAUCACGGUUGUUACUAUCCUUCAUUUAUCCAACAAGUGGUUGGUAUUUGUAAAUAUUAUUAUUUAUUUUGUCAUUUAGCAGAUGCUCUUAUCCAGAUAAUAAAAUGUCUCAAGUGAUGCCCUAUUCCCCAUAUAGGCUUGCCAGUGCACAAAUUUUAGCCAGUGUGUGUAUGUAGGGAAUAAAGUGUCAUGUGAGAUGCAGACUUUGUUGCUCUGUUUUAAUGUUUGUGUUCAUUAAUAUUGAGAUAUAUUAUUUGAAAAUGCACUAAUUGGAUAACACUUCCAAUGGACUUUCCCCACUGAAUCCUGGUGUAUUUUGUUAUAUACAGAGUAUACCAAACAUUAGGAACUCCUUCCUAAUAUGGAGUCACCCCCCAUUUCCCUCAGAACAGCCUCAAUUCGUUGGGGGUUUCAAGUGUUCCACAGGG